AUGCGCUCUUCUCUCAUCAGCGCAGCCGCGCUUCUCUUCACACACUCUGCUCUAGCCGACGUCCCGCUCAUCACCAAUGCAACCGAAUACAUCGACCUAGCCAACUCUCAAGGCGGCUUUCCCAGUCAAACGUUCCGCUCUUCAGCCAUUGUUGCUCCCAUAUUCUUGGUAAACAAGUGGGAAAAGGACAAAGUCGACAAUGCAUCAUACGUCUUUCUGGGCACAGUCUACGGAGAAUGGAAAGCAGGUCCCAUGAUAUUUGACGCUCGCGACAUGAGUCUCAUAUACGCAGAUCAGAGAUAUGAAAAUACAUAUACAUCAAACGUACAUACCAUCAACGGCUCACGCUACUUUGCCUUCUGGGAGGGCGGCCACACCCGCGGCCACGCCAAUGGAAACUGCCUCUUCUUCGACGAGGACUACAACCUCAGAUACACCGUGACAGCGCAAGGGCUCGGCGAUGCCGAGGCCGACAUGCACGAGCUUAGUGUUACGAAAGACGGCAGCGUCAUCUUCUCGACGUAUUUUAAUAUCCCUUACGACUGCACCUCUGUGGGAGGGCCGGAAAACGCCCUCCUCAUGGAUAGCGGCUUCCAGGAAUCAUUGUCGCUAAUAUUUCAUCUUCACUUACAGACUGACGACGGCAACUACCUCGUCUCCAGUCGCCACCUCUCCCUCCUCACCCUCGUAGACGGCAAAGACGGCCACCCAAUCUGGAUCCUCGGCGGCCGCAAAAACCAAUUCACAGACCUCUCCAACGGCGAAGCCACCAACAUCGGCUGGCAGCACGACGCCCGCAUCCUGCCCUCCAACAACUCAAGCGAGACACACAUCACCCUCUUCGACAACCACGGCGAAUACAGCGGCGUCUGCCAGGAAAAAUGCCAAACCCGCGCUCUCCACAUCGCCAUUGACCCCGUCGCCCUCACCGCCCGCGUGGUCAGCCAGUUCUUCCACCCGGAGAACAUCGACUCCGGCGCCAUGGGAGGAUACCAGACGCUUGGCAGCGGGAAUGUCAUGACAGGAUGGGGACACAACCCCGGCUUUGUAGAGUAUACGAGUGACGGAGCGCCCGUGAUGGACUUUCAGAGAGGAAUUAUUGGCAGCGACGUUUUGGCAGACAUGUUCGCCUACAGAGUGAACAAGGGAGACUGGACCGGGAGGCCGCCGUGGCCACCGACUAUGGCUGCUGAUGCACCUAAUGCCAGCACAGUAGAUGCCACCGUUUACGUUUCAUGGAACGGUGCAACCGACGUAGCCUCAUGGGCCAUAUUUGCCUCUGACAAUCACAAGACCAUAAACAACUAUACAAACCUCAUUGCCGAAUCUCCUCGUCAGGGAUUCGAGACCGUUAUCCCUCUCACAACAAAAGAUAUUACUCGCCGGUACCUCGCCGCAGCAGCCGUAUCAGCCUCGGGCGACGCCCUCGGUUCAACGGUCGUCCUCGAUCUU